UCACUUCCGGCUCCGCUGCUCUCCCUGUGGGUGUCGUAGGCAGCAUUGGGAGGUCUGUGUCCUCGGCGGUUGGUCAGUGAGAGGCUGUGACAGCUGCAUUAGCUCCCCGCCCCCGAGGAGCCGAGGUGCGUGGGGGGAGGGGAAGAAGGAAAAGGCCCCAGUGGCGUUUCCGCUCACUUCUCCCCAAGAUUGAGAAGAUUCCAGAGAGCAGCGGCAGGAAGAAUCCUCGACUUGAGAGCUGCCAGGUGGUUCCCGGCCGACAGGCAUGUCUGACAGCAGCAAUGAUACUACUACUCUUGGUACAAUUAAACCAGCCCCCGAAGAAGUCAAGCCUGACUCUGAGGAGUCUACCAUGGCUCAAGAGUCUCCCAGAAAUUCAGCAGCAGAAAUUGCGGUGACUAGUAAUGGAGAAGUUGAUGACUCUCAUGAACAUGGCUUUAAUAAGGAUUUGAAGCAUUCAUUACCAGCUGGACUUGGUCUCUCAGAAACCCAAAUUACAUCUCAUGGCUUUGACAGUACCAAAGAGGGGGUUAUUGAAGCAGGAGCAUAUCAAGGUCCCUCAGCACCACCAUUGCCAUCUGUUAUGUCUCCUAGCAGGGUUGCAGCUAGUCAACUGGCUCAACAAGGAAGUGAUUUAAUUGUUCCCGCAGGUGGCCAGAGAACACAGACAAAAAGUGGACCAGUUAUUUUAGCAGAUGAAAUUAAAAAUCCUGCAAUGGAAAAGUUAGAACUUGUUAGAAAAUGGAGUCUAAACACCUACAAGUGCACUCGACAAAUUAUCUCUGAAAAGCUAGGCCGUGGGUCAAGAACUGUGGACCUUGAACUUGAAGCUCAGAUUGAUAUAUUAAGAGAUAACAAGAAAAAGUAUGAAAAUAUUCUAAGACUUGCUCAGACAUUGUCAACCCAGCUUUUUCAGAUGGUACAUACACAAAGGCAACUUGGAGAUGCAUUUGCUGACCUGAGUUUGAAGUCACUAGAACUCCAUGAAGAAUUUGGCUAUAAUGCAGACACCCAGAAGCUGCUGGCUAAAAAUGGAGAGACUCUUCUUGGAGCCAUUAAUUUUUUCAUUGCCAGUGUGAACACUUUGGUGAAUAAAACAAUUGAAGAUACAUUAAUGACUGUGAAACAGUAUGAAAGUGCCAGGAUUGAAUAUGAUGCAUAUCGCACUGAUUUGGAAGAACUGAAUCUUGGACCACGUGAUGCAAACACUCUGCCAAAGAUCGAGCAGUCACAGCAUCUGUUCCAAGCACAUAAGGAAAAAUACGAUAAAAUGCGCAAUGAUGUUUCUAUCAAGUUGAAAUUUCUAGAAGAAAAUAAGGUGAAAGUAUUGCACAACCAGCUGGUCCUUUUCCACAAUGCCAUUGCCGCCUACUUUGCUGGGAACCAGAAGCAGCUUGAACAGACCCUUAAACAGUUCCACAUCAAGUUGAAAACGCCUGGAGUGGAUGCCCCAUCUUGGCUUGAAGAACAGUAAAAUCACUCCUGGAAACAAAAACAAACAAAAAAAGGAAAGUCACAUGGUUCUAUUUCUAAACAAACCUAAUAAGAGUGAAGCACAGUUGGGAGAAGAGAAACGGGGUGACAACCAUUGUAGAGAUUCUCACACAAACAGCUUUAAUUUUUCCCUUUUUCAUACUUUAACAAUUGAACUGUUAAAUUUGAUGGGAAGGUGGGCGGUUUUAACGAAAACAUAAUUUCUAUAAUCUGAACACAAUAAUUUUUCUUUUUGAGAAGUCCUUUUGUAUUAUAAGGGUUGAUGGCUAUUUCCGUAGUUUGAAAACAUCUAAUAUAGAUUUGCACUGACCGGAUCAAAAUUCAAGGAUUUUGGUCCUGGGAAUGAGGGCCAGUUGUAACUUUUCCAAUGGGAGGUUUACAUGAUUUGUAUCAACAUCAGAUAUUUUAUAUAUGAAUAUAUAAAACAUCUUUAAGAGAUUCAUUUUCAUGUAUUGUCUUAAAGAAAGAAGAGACUAUUUUGCAGAGUAAAAUUAUUUGGUGUUCCUACAGCAUCCACGAUAGGCUGGCAGCCGCUCUAAUGACUGACUGAUUAGCUUGUGGAGUUUUGGCAAAUACCUUUUUAAAAAUGAAUCUGUACCAUUGUACUUUUGUUUAGACUUUUUUUUUUUAAGAUGCAGGAAUCACACUAAUUUCUAUGAGGCUUUUGAGCUUAUGAAUAUGCAUCAUCCAAAGUCAGAGGGUGGUUAUGUUAGCAGUCUUUUGAUUCAUGAUGAAACCUGCUUAAGAAAAAAAAAUUUUUUGACAGGUGGACUUGGGAAUAGAAAUUCUUGAUGGUUUCUAGAGUAGAAAUAUGUGCUCAGAAAGCUAGUUUUUGGGUAAAAUCUAUUUUGACAGAAGUGAAUUCCUAGACAGCUUUCAUUGACUUCCAUAUGUAACAAUACCGGUUAAGCCUUAAAUCACAGAUAUGUGCCUUCUCAGAUACAGUAAUUCUCAUUCAACCAAUGUACAGAAUCCAUAAGGAAACCCCUUUCAGAUAAUGUUUGACCUGUCUGUUCCUUCCUUGGAAAGGAGCAUUGUGUAUACAUGUUGGGUUUCUUUGUACGCAUUAAACCACAUUUAGGGUUUAAGGUGAAAUCAACUUCUGAAUACACUAUUUGGUUUUUCUUCAUUCCUUUUAUGGAAUGGGGAGACAGGAGUUUUUUCAUGAGUAAUGGAAAGGCAGUAUGGGCAGAGUGGUGGUAAGAACAAGGGGGACUGGAAAGGCCAGCACUAAUUUAGUUGCUCAGCACAGUUGGUUUUGUGUUCAUGUGGUUGGCCUGUCCACUGUGUGGUUCAAUCAGUAAUGUAAUCCUUUUUCAGUAUAAGUUUUCUUGAUUUUUGUCAUAGACAUAAAUUAAUAUUUUGAGAGGUAUUCCUUCACCUGUUCUUUUGUGUUGAAAUGAAGUACUUAAAAUUACUGUUAUAUAUGAACUUGUGGACUGUAAGAUUUGUUAUAUAUGUUCAAAUGCCUUUUAGCUGGCUUUUUAAAUAAUAUGCCUGUUUUCAGUGCUUAAUACAAUGUAAUGUGAUUGUAAAUCAUAAACCUAUUUUAAAUCAUUCCCUCCUGUAUAUUUGUACUCCUGAGAGCCUUAUUUUAUUCUUCCAGCAGAAUUACUACUUGUGAUAGUUCAUUUACAUUCCCCAGAAUGUGCCUCUGGUGUGAAUUUUGUAUUCUUAUUAAAAGUGUUUGCUGCAGUA